GGGAUUAACAUAACCCUUUACCCCAUCAUCAUGGUGGCCUAAAAGUAGGCUAAUAAAGCCUGCUACCUCCUGCCCGGCUUUGUUGUCGUUGUUACCUAGCGGCGGCAGGCUUUGCUUUGUGUUCACCUAGCUCUUGACCUCUUGUGCUCUCGACUCUAGACUAGAGUGGAGGAGGGUGCUGCUGUGCCCGUUGGGCUCUGGGCUUUGGCUUUUUUAGCUGCCCUCUCCUCUGCAGUCUGCACUCUGCCCCUGCACCUGCGCACAGGUCACCCAACCCACCACCAGUGUCCAGUGCACUGCACUGCUCGGGGAUGCUCCCCACCAUCGUGUGCCCCCGCUUUCUUCUUCUUCAACAACGCCCUCAAAGGCUCCUCUAGCUUCACCACUCUCAUUAUCAAGGCGCGCGCCGACUGCAAGAGCACCAGCAUUGCAGCUUGCAGGAGCUGAAGCAAAGAGUGAGCUGAUUGCAGUUGCAGGAGGGAAGGAGAAGAAACGAUGGGUGCUGUGACGACGACGCUGCUCUGCAACGCCGUGCCCGUGCCCGUGCGCGUGCGGUGCUCCUGCACGCUCCUCGCGCUGCUGCUCUGCGUCCAGCUCCUGCACACAUCAUCGCAGGCCUUCAAGCUGCGCGGCGGCGGCGGCUACGAGGAGAAGAAGGUCCCGCUAGCCGUCAUCGUGCCGGACCCUUCGCCGGAGCUGUCGGGCCUGUCCCCGUCCCCGCUCGCCGCGCCGGCGCCGGUCCACGGCGGCGGCGGCGACGACAUGCGGCCCAAGCUGCCGACGGAGCGGUCGUCGUGGCGCCGGGGCAGGGGAGAGGUCCGCCGCGCCGCGCACCCGCCGGCGUCCACGGCCGCGCCCGCGGCGGCUCCGUCGUUGGCUGGCCCCGCCAGGGCCCCCACCGCCGGGGCGCCGGCGCCGGACUCCGGGGGCGCCACGGCGAUCAUCAGUAGCAGCCCCGCGGUGGCGGUCCCGCGCGGCGUCACGGACACGGCCACCAUCCUGCCCAUGCCCGCGCCCGGAGAAAAGCGGCAGGAGGUUGGAUCCGCUGCUUCGGUUGAAGGCGCCCGUGUAGUGCCGCUGCUGCUGGGGAUCAUGGUGAUGAUGGCGUUUUUUGGGAUUUUAAUCUAGCCUAGAUGCAUGCGGUUUAAAAAGUAGCAGUAGCAGGAGAGACAAAGCUUGUUCCUUUCUCUGGUUUGUUUCUUUCUGUGCCCCCUGAACCCUCUUCUAAUCCUCUGUAAACAAAGCCACGUCAAGUCUUCCUUUUAUCUGCCACGCACGUCGUUCCUGUCA